AUGACAUAUAGAGGAUUUGCUCUGUGUCUAGUUAUGGUCAUGGUGGCCACAAUGUGGACUCAAAAUGCAGCACAAUCAGGUUGCACCAGUGCACUCACUAGCUUGAGCCCUUGCCUCAAUUACAUAACGGGAAGUUCAUCAUCCCCAUCACCUUCUGCUGCUCGGAGCUCUCAAGUGUUGUUCAAUCUUCACCGCAGUGCCUCUGCUCCCUCCUUAAUGGUGGAGUUGGGAAUGGACAAACAACUCCUUCAACUGCUCCAGUGGGCUCUCUCCAGUUGGUUCUCAUCUGAUUCUUCAGCUGAAUCACCUCAAGGCUCAAUGACACCUUCUGCUUCAAACUUCCCCUCAGCCUUCAGAGAUUUGAGUGCUGAAAUUUUAUUUAUAGCUUUGGUUGCCAAUUUGCCAUAG